AUGAGCUCCCAAGAUGGCAAGUCCGGGGCUACCGGUCCGAGAAAGACGCCCAUUCUAGCUCCCACGACGGAUAGCACGCCGCCGCCACGCGCCGAGCUUACCGCCGACCAGCAGGCCAAGUACGAGGCGCUCCUCACCAAGGCCAAGUCGUGGACCGAGGUAACCUGCGGCAACGACAAGGAAAGGUCCAAGUCGGGCCCCCUCCAGGACCGCGAGCGCGCCUGGCUGACGCGCGACUGCCUCCUGCGCUACCUCCGCGCGACCAAGUGGCACGUCGACGACGCCGGCAAGCGCGUGCAGGCCACCAUGGCCUGGCGCCGCGAGUACGGCCUCGACGACUUUACGCCCGACUACAUCUCGCCCGAGCAGGAGACGGGCAAGCAAAUCAUUGUCGGCUACGACAAGACGGGGCGUCCGUGCCAGUACCUGAACCCGGGACGGCAAAACACGGACGCGAGCCCGCGGCAGAUUCACCACUUGUUUUACAUGGUCGAGCGCGUGACGGACAUGAUGCCCGCAGGCGUCGAGCAGCUCAGCCUCAUGAUUAACUUCAAGCCGAGUAAGAAGAGGCAAAACACCAGCGUGCCCGUGUCAACGGCCCGCGAGGUGCUGCACAUUCUCCAGAACCACUACCCAGAGCGUCUGGGCAAGGCCCUCAUCAUCAACGUGCCGUGGAUCGUCUGGGGCUUCUUCAAAAUCAUUACGCCCUUUAUCGACCCCGUCACCCGCGAAAAGCUAAAGUUCAACGAGGACAUGAAGCAGUACGUCCCCGCCGAGCAGCUCUGGAGCGACGACUGGGCCGGCAAGAUGGACUUUGAAUACGACCACGCCACGUACUGGCCCGCCCUCAACGAGCUCUGCCAGCAGCGCCGCGCAGCCAGGUUGGCGCGCUGGGUCGCUGCUGGUCAAGUCAUUGGCGAGUCCGAGGACUACCUCGCCGGCGGCACCGACACGAGCGUCACUGGCUUCGCGUACACGGCGGCGGCCAAUGAGGGAGAUGAUGUUGGGCUGGGGGAGAAGAUGGCGGCGGCGACUCUAGAUGAAAAGGCGGCGCCCGCUGCAGAGGCGGAGCCGCAGGCUGCUGCGACGGCGUAG